AUGAUUGCAUUAGUAAAUAAUCUUCGUCUUAGAUUUCUGGAUACUGGAAUUUAUAAUGCUAUGAAAAUUUUUGAUUUUUCUCAAAUUCCAACAAAGUCAAAUGAAAUAGCAAUAUAUGGUAAACAUGAAAUCAAAAUAUUAGGUGAUUUUUAUGGAAGUUCUAAAUAUCAGAAUGAGCAAGUUUUUCUCGCAAAGAGUUUAAUUUUACAAAUGGAUGGAGACGGAUUUUUACCAGUUCUCAAUUUUUAA